CACCUUAAUAAAGAAAGAAGGAAGUAAAGAGACAUAGCAUCGAUCAAAAGCUCAAAAUUCUUUAAAUCAGAUACUUACACACAAACAAACUUCUUUCAUUAAAAAGAAGUAAAUUAUAUAUAGGUUUCAUUGAUGGCAGAAUCAAACGAAGUGUUGUUAGAAGCUGAAUUAGCUACUGUUGAUGGAGUCGUUGACUACAGAGGACAACCUGCCGUUAGGUCCAAAUCUGGUUACUGGAGAUCCGCUUGGUUUAUCAUAGGUGUGGAAGUAGCAGAGAGGAUAUCAUAUAUUGGGAUUAAGGGAAACUUGAUAUCAUAUCUAACAGGACCACUCAAACAAAGCACUGCAACAGCUGCUAAGAAUGUGAAUAUUUGGGCUGGAACUGCUUCUCUACUUCCUCUCUUAGGUGCUUUCGUUGCUGAUUCUUUUCUUGGACGCUAUCACACAAUCAUACUUGCUUCUCUUAUCUAUAUAUUGGGACUAGGCUUGUUAACACUAUCAACUAUUCUUCCUUCACUCGCAUCUUGUUCUACUCAAUCACAAGUAAUCUUAUUCUUCAUUUCACUCUAUCUAGUUGCCAUUGGACAAGGUGGACAUAAACCUUGUGUUCAAGCUUUUGGGGCUGAUCAAUUCGACGAAAAAUAUCCGGAGGAGCAUAGAGCUAGAAGCUCAUUCUUUAAUUGGUGGUAUUUUACUAUGGUUGCAGGGGCCACGGCAACACUUCCGAUCUUGACUUAUAUUCAAGAUAACUAUAGCUGGGUUCUUGGAUUUGGAAUACCUUGUGUUAUAAUGAUCAUUGCCUUGAUUAUUUUCUUGCUCGGAACAAGGACAUAUAGGUUUAACAUUAAGGAUAAUAAUAAGAGUCCUUUUCUUAGAAUCGGUCGUGUAUUCGCUGCAGCUGUAAGAAAUUGGCGAAAUACCUUAUCAACUACGGAUAUUGAAGAGGAUGGACUACUUCGACGUCAAAAAUUUGAACAAUUCAACUUCCUCAACAAGGCAUUGCUAAAACCAAAGGGAUCCAAAGAAGAUGAGACUUGUAGUCUUAGCGAGGUCGAAGAAGCAAAGGCAGUACUAAGGUUGGUUCCAAUUUGGGCUACAACUUUGGUUUAUGGUAUUAUCUUUGCUCAAGUUUUUACAUUCUUCACCAAGCAAGGGAGUUCUAUGCAGAGAACAAUAUUUCCUGGUUUCGACAUACCUCCGGCUUCUCUUCAAACGAUAACCAAUGUCUCCAUAGUUCUCUUCAGCCCUAUCUACGACCGUAUAUUUGUGCCACUAGCAAGAAGUAUCACUGGAAAACCCUCAGGCAUCACAUUGCUUCAAAGAAUUGGCACUGGAAUUUUCAUAUCAAUAUUUACAGUGGUAUUUGCAGCCUUUGUUGAGAUUAAAAGACUAAAGAUAGCACAAGAGCAUAGUCUUGAUGAUGAUCCAAAUGCAACUGUACCAAUGAGUAUAUGGUGGUUGAUUCCUCAAUACUUUUUGUUUGGUGUUUCAGAGGUUUUUACCAUGGUUGGUCUUCAGGAAUUUUUCUAUGAUCAAGUCCCAAAUGAACUAAGAAGCAUGGGACUUGCACUCUAUUUGAGUAUUAUUGGUGUUGGAAGCUUUCUUAGUGGAUUUCUAAUUUCUUUAAUAGAACAUUUUAGUGCCAAAGAUGGUCAUGAUAGUUGGUUUUGUGACAAUAUCAAUAAGGCACAUCUUGAUUACUUUUAUUGGCUACUUGCUGGAUUAAGUGUCAUGGGGUUUACUUUGUUUAUUUACUUUGCAAAAUCUUACAUUUAUAACCACAAAGGUAUCAUCACACAAGGAUAGUCAUUGAUUAGUUUUUGUAUUAUAUAUCAUAUUUGUAUACAAUGAAGCAUGAUAAGAGAGUAAGGUUUAAUUGUA